AUCUCGCUCGCAGUAAAAGCAUGCGCGCGCGACUGAAGGCUGCUGAGCGGACAGACUAGAUGAUUUAUAUCGACUCGGUAUGAGAGAAAAGAUCUUAGGCUCACGGUAAGGAUUGUUGAUCCGCUGCAACUGGCUGAAAACUAAACGUACAGAGGAAGAUACAGGGAAAAGCAAGAAGAACGCCGUUUCAUAGCAGGAAAGAGCGAGAACGGCUAAUUGAUAUCCAGGAGAUUGGAUAUUUCUUCCUGAAAUCAGUGGCUUUACACCGUUCCAUUUUUACCUUUUCAUUUCUAAUUCUUGAUCGUUCCCACCGCCAAACUGAAGUUCAUCGUUGUGAUCUUGGCCGCCGGGAUGGUGGCCUUCAUUGGAGCAGUUAUCUGUAUCAUCGCCGCCGUGCACACCGGAUCGUCUAAGGUUGUACCACACCAGCAGCCGUCGGCGGACAACCAGUCGCUGUAUGCGCAAUCCGUCGCUCAGACCACGGCGUCGCGGGGCUCCGUGGCUCGGGCCGGACCGCUGGUCGGAGCUCUCCAUGGUUCUGAAACCCCACAGUCGGAGACGCCGACGUUCAAGGCGGGACUCGGGGUCACGGGACUCACCGGACACGACCCGAGGGUCAGUCGACUCAUCUGCACGCCGAUCCCCGCGGGAGAGUGCGACCCGAGAAACUUUAAUCAGCAAGCGGCGGACGAGCCGUUGUCGCUGUCUGCGACCGCGGAGGGGAACCUCCGAACUGCCGCCGAAGAGCUACGGCAGACCGUCCAGCAGCAGGAAGACCAGAUCAUCACCGAUCAACGGACUAUAAGGGAGCUAUCGGGUAAACUGACGGAUUGUGAGAGGGAGCAAGGCGGCCGCAUCAUUUCGGAGAGGCGCGGGAGUGUUGCGGGGAUGCUGGGGGCCAAAGGUGGUGCCACUGCCGCGGUCGUUGCGGAGAAGGGGCAACAUGACCGGAUCAUGGUGCGGGACAGCCCGGCUUCUGCCCCCGACAGUGUCCACCUGCUCACCGUCCGGGCUGUGGACGAACUGGAGCAGGCGAUCACUCAGCUCAAAGAUCGCAUAGAGAAGCUAGAGUCAGACAUCGGCCCAUUCCCCCAAAACCAAACAACGGACACCAACAGCUCCAGGGCAACGGUCGUUGACGACAGCCCAGGGACCCUCUCCGUAACUGGGCAUGGAGGAGCCGACGGUGUGGGUGGUGGAGGACGCAGGGCUGUGGAGGACCUGGAGGGUCAGCUGGAGAGGAAGGUGGAGCUACUGGAGAAAGAGAGGAAAGCCCUGAGGAUGGAGACAGAGAAGCACCGCCAUGACAUUGACCAGGGCCUCCAUCAGCUCCACCUCCGCUUGGCAGGCCUGGAGCACGGCUCCUCCUCGUCACCUCCGUCCUUCCCAGAGGGCUUCCGGGUAUCGUUCCCAUCCCGGACCAACUACAUGUAUGCCCGGGUAAGGGCCAGCCUGCCCCAGCUGAGGGCCAUCACCGCCUGCAUGUGGCUGCGCUCCACGGAGGAGAGGGGGCCCGCGGGCACCCCGCUGUCCUACGCUGUCCCAGGGCAGCCCAACGAGCUGGUGCUCCUACAGGGUCCCCGCUCGGCCCUCGAGCUGCUCAUCAACGACAAGGUGGCCCAGCUGCCGUUGAACCUUACCCGAGGCAGCUGGCAGCACAUGUGUGUGAGCUGGAGCCAGAAGGGCGGAGCUUGGCAGGCCUACCAGGGAGGGAGGCUGAAGGGGGAGGGGCACGGCCUGGCCCCUGGACAUCACCUCCGGGCCGGGGGGCAGCUAGUCCUGGGGCAGGAGCAGGACUCGCUGGGCGGGGGUUUUGACUCAACCCAGGCGCUGGUGGGGGAGCUGGCCCAGGUGGGCCUUUGGGACCGUGUGCUCACCCCUGUCCAGGUGGCGGGUCUGGCCCGCUGUGGGCGUGUGGCGCAGGGCAGCCUGACCAGCUGGACGGAGAGGGAGGUGGAGGUCCAUGGAGGAGCCACCAAACACCCCGGGGAGCCCUGCAGUAAACAUAGCCGGAGCUCCCAGUGAGCCGGAGGGGGAAGACCAGAACCAUGUGUAGGGGAAAGGUGUUGCCACGUGUUUCAUUAGCCCCCCGCCCCCCCUCCCAGUGUGAGAAGAGAAAAAGUCCAACCUCCCAGUGUGUUAUUGAAAGACAAACUUAACAAAAUAAUUUCAUCUCGAGCCUUAGGGAAGAAUGGUCAAAAAUAAUUACUGGCUCGUCUGAUCUCUGCUUAGGUCUUGUAGUGUAACAGUUACAGGAAUUAUUACGAUGAGGGCAUCAUCGUACUGUGAGCCUAUUGGACAAAGGGUUUGUCUGUUCAAUUCUGCUGGGAGCCUUUUGGAUAGAAAGUUUGUAAUUCAAAUCACACUGGGAGCCUACUGGACACAGAGCUUGUCUAUCAAAUCAUGCUGUGAGUUUAUUUGACACAAGAAAGGCCAUUUAAGUAUGGCUGAGCUAGCUUAAAAAAACAAGGGCUAAAGCACAGUAUGAGUGUUAGCCAUUUAACAAAUCACCCACAUGUACACACUAACACACAAACACACACAAAGAAUUAGCAUUGUGCUAGUUCCCAGGCUGGACUUCACUUCACCUUCCCAUGUCGGAGGCGCAGCAGAGAUGAAGGGGUUUCGUGAAGGAGGUAUGUGGGUAUUGCAUAUUGAUGGUGGGGAGAGGGAGAGCCAAUAGUGGGGGAGAGGGAGGUUGUAAUUCAAGGAGAGAAUAGCCGUUAUUCAUGUGAGAAUACGAUGAGAAGCAAAGAACAGCGUGAGAGUUUUUCACAAAGAUAAGCCAAAAAGACGGGAGAGGAGGUGGUGUAGGAGAAGGAGAAGAAGAGGAAGAGUAGUAUGAGGAGGAGGAAAGGUUAUGGUAUAAAUAUAUGGAUUCAGUUGGUAGCUGGCUGACUAGUAGAAUAAAAAAAAAAAGAAUCUCUAUUUGUUUUCCAUUUUUGCCCAGUAUAUUUAGACAUGUGUCAUGAUUGCCCCUCCAUAUCUGUCUGCUGUUAUGGCGAGGGCUAGUAUUUGGCCCAAUUUUGCAAUUCGUGUCUCAAUCUAAAAUAAGACUUAGUGAUUCGUGCUGCCUAUGAGGCUGCUAGUUGCAGAAUGGAGAGGUAGUGGUCUUGCCAGGUCUCAGCACCACACACUAACUGGAAAGAAGGACUUGAAGUGUGAGGUAAUUACACUCCUCUUUGAGGCAAACAAAAGUAUACUAUAAAAAAAAAUCCUAUGUAUAUUAGACAGCAAAUCCAAUAAGUUCAAUAUAAUCAUCAAUUUGCCAUAUUCGUUCCGAAACUAUGGAACACAAGUUUUGCGCUUGAAUGAAAACCAACUGACUUCAACACAUUCCACCUGUUUUUGAAACGCACUGCAAUGUUUCUGAUUUUUGUUAUGUAUAGUAAUUCAUUCGUUUUUCGGUCAAUUAUUGAACGGUACAGCAUCCUCCUGUGCUUGAAAUGCAACCAUCAAAUCUCUUUGUUAACACUUUUCUAACCUGUUUUUCUGUUUUAUUUGAAGGCUUCUGCUGUCUUGUUUGUGAGGAAAAGUGCCUGUUAGGGUAUUCACAGCCAUGUACAAAUUCACAUUGCAUACAAUCUGAUUUAUUUUUGCUGCUGGACAAACCCACACUGCUAUUCACGAUAUUUUCUGACUGAUUAACCACCAGUAAGGCUAUCUCGGGGGAAUAAAAAAGAAAAUGAUGACAAAAAAUAAUUACUCCUAGAUUUGCAAAGUGGCAAGGUACUGUUACAGCUGCAACUGGUGCCUAAUGAGUGAGUCCACAUACGUUGUUUAGCAUGUACUUGUACUCCUGAGGGCGUUUUGCAUUGUGCUUUGUUGUUAAUACGACUCUUUUGGUCGGUAUGUAUCCUGUCAUUUUCCUUAGGGCUUUAAAUGCAGCAGUGUUGUACUUUUUGCAUUACUUUGAGGACUAGCUGUCCAUUUUUUAUUUUCAAUAUAGACUUUUUUUUUUACAAGUUUGCAUCAGUCUGUGAUUAUUUCUAUCUUUGUUUGUAAAUGAUGCUACUAUGUCAGUGUCCCGUGGCUUUGUUGUGUACUGUUUGCCGUAUAAAAUGCAUUGAUGAUGGUGUAUUUCUCACAAUUCAGACAAAUAAAGUUUGGAUUUUAAAUGA